AUUGGUUCCCGGUGAAGGCCCACCUAUGAAGCCCAUCAAACCAGCGGCAGGUUUCUAAAGCGAAGCCCAUGCACUGUUGUCAUACAUCACAGCCGCCACUGCUCGGCGGAGCUGAUCUCCCAAGCCCCACCACCACCACCACCACCAACCCAACAUUACAUAGAUGAAGACGUUAUGCAAUGCCCUCUCUCCCUACUCCAACUCUCAGGCUCUCCCAAGAAACGUUUCGCACCAGACCCAGCAAGAAACGCCCACUCCCCAAGAGUCCCUGCAUUGUCCAGUCCAUCUUCAACCUCGCAUCCCAAGGUCACCUCUCCCAGGCCAUCUCUUCCCUCGACCUCUUAGCUCGCAAAGGCCUCCGAUUGCCCUCCAACUCUCUCGCCUAUCUCUUGCAACAGUGCGCCAACUCCCGGUCUCUUAGACAGACCAAAUUGGUUCACCUCCAUUUGAAGCUCACGGGGCUGAAGCACCCCACAACGUUUUUGUCGAACCAGUUGAUCGCUGCGUAUUUCAAAUGCGGCGAAGAAGUUGAGGCACGCAACGUGUUUGAUAAAAUGUCUGCGAAGAACCUGUACUCGUGGAAUAAUAUGCUUUCUGGGUAUGCGAAAAUGAGGAUGAUUAAGCCUGCUAAGAAGUUGUUUGAUAAAAUGCCGGAGAAGGAUGUUGUCUCGUGGAACACUAUGGUGAUUGCUUAUGCCCGGAGUGGGUUUUGUGAUGAAGCUUUGAGGUUUUAUAGGGAGCUGCGGAGACAGUCAAUUGGGUAUAACGAGUUCAGUUUUGCGGGUGUUUUGACAGUUUGCGUGAAUUUGAAGGAAUUGAAGCUUACUAGGCAGGUUCAUGGGCAGGUUUUGGUUGUUGGGUUUUUGGGGAAUGUGGUGAUUUCGAGUUCAGUUCUUGAUGCUUAUGCGAAGUGUGGUGAGAUAGGAGAUGCGAGGAGAAUAUUUGAUGACAUGAAUGUAAGGGAUGUCCUUGCUUGGACCACCCUCGUUUCGGGAUAUGCUAAAUGGGGGGAUAUGAAAUCGGCUAGUGAAUUGUUUGAUCAGAUGCCUGCGAAAAACCCUGUAUCAUGGACAGCUUUGAUUGCUGGCUAUGCGAGAAAUGGUCUGGGGCAUGAAGCACUUGAGUUGUUCACAAAAAUGAUGAUGCUUCGAGUUAUACCUGAUCAAUUUACAUUUAGUAGUUGUCUAUGUGCUUGUGCAAGUAUAGCUUCACUUAAGCACGGCAGACAGUUACAUGCCUUUUUGAUACGAACUAAUUUUAGACCUAAUACCAUAGUUGUGAGCUCUCUCAUGGACAUGUAUUCAAAAUGUGGGAGAUUGGAAUUUGGCAAGCUGGUUUUCAAUCUUAUGGGUGAUAAGCGAGAUGUUGUGUUGUGGAACACAAUGAUAUCUGCUUUAGCUCAGCACGGUCAUGGUGAAGAGGCAAUGAAGAUGUUUGAUGAUUUGGAAAGUUCAGGAGUGAAGCCAGACAGAACCACCUUUGUCGUUGUUCUCAAUGCAUGUAGUCAUUCAGGUUUUGUGCGGGAAGGGCUUAAGUUUUUCACUUCAAUGACUUGUGAUCAUGGCAUUGUUCCCGAUCAAGAACAUUAUGCGUGCUUAAUUGAUAUCUUGGGCCGAGCUGGAUGUUUUGAGCAGCUGAUGGAACAGCUUGAUAAGAUGCCUUGUAAGCCUGGUGAUCGAGUUUUGAAUGCCUUACUCGGUGUUUGCCGAAUUCAUGGAAAUAUAGACUUGGGAAGAAAAGCGGCUGAACAACUUAUAGAGUUGGAGCCUCAAUCUUCUGCUCCCUAUGUUUUACUUUCAAGUAUAUAUGCUGCACUUGGUAAAUGGGAGUCGGUAGAGAAGGUGAGAAAGCUUAUGGAUGAGAGGCAUGUUAGGAAAGAGCGUGCCAUCAGUUGGAUAGAAAUUGAAAAUAAAGUGCAUGCUUUCACUGUAUCAGAUAGGUCGCAUCCUUUGAAAGCGGUAAUAAACUCGGCUUUGGAACAUUUAGCUCGACAUAUGGAAGAAGAUCCUUCAUUACAUAAUGCUGAAAGGUAAAAGUCCAUCAAUAUUUUUCUCAGUCAGGUGAUUCUGGGUAGACAAAUACGAAUUAUAUUUCCAGUGAACUUCUUAACUUACAACAUUUUUCUUUACUUUUCACAAGUUGGCCUUCUAUUCCGAUCAGAUUCUAUACAGUUGAAUCUUCACAAUGAUAUACUUGUGAGAUUUUGUUCCAAAAAUCAGAUAACUGACUCCAUGAAGAUGUUUGCUUCCUCGUAUCAUUAUUUUCUCUCGUUGAUUCUCUAAUAAAAUUGGCAAUGAGUUUUAUGAA